AUGGACAGAUGUGUUUUCUUCUUCCUGAUCCAGCUGCUGAUGGACAAUGCGACGGCACAGGUUGGAGUGACUCAUAAAGCUGUUGUAGGUGCCGGUGGUACAGUCAUCUUACCCUGUUCCACCGAAUCCACUGCAGAGAUUGGGGAUGUAUUUUGGCGAUAUGAAGAAAACCAAGUAAACAAAGUGGUGUUGAAUAUCAUUGACGGUAAAGAGAAUUUUCAAGAACAGGGUCAAGAAUACAAAGGCAGAGUUAGAGCUUUUUCAGCCGAGUUUGCAAAGGGAAACUUCUCCAUCAAACUGAGGGAUGUGAAACUCCCAGACUCGGGAACUUACACCUGCAACAUCCCUAAAUCCAAGCAGAACGUACAACUGAGUGUUGAAGAAGCUUCUAUCACUCAAACUCCUGCUCCCGAAACUGGUGAUGGCACGAGAAGAGCGAGCAGUAUGUUCCUGCUGGUGUGCAGUCUCCUGUACAGCUUGGUCUUUUGAAGACAAUAUGAAGCUCAACUUGUAUGUAAGCACUGUCGCAAGAAAAACAGGACGUUAUGAAG